UCCCAUCACGCCCUCCCGCCUCGGUGAAGUAGCUUCGGCGUCUUCCAUAGAAUCAAUCUAAUUCAUCAUGGGGUUCGGAAUCGGAUACGGCAGCUGGAGUUUGUUACUCCCGUCGGUCUUUCCAAAACCGUGAAUUUCCCGGUUUAGAUACAUGCUCUCUUGGACUAGGACAGUGCAGAAUAAAAUGUCGUGUAAAGAUUUUCUCUCCGUGGAGCAGAAUAGAGGGUGAAAACUAUAUUACCCGCCAAAUAGGCUAUUUCCCAAAUCGCUCAUUCGCUAUCCAAGUCGGAGAGAGAAAUUGUUUGGAAAGGAGAGGUGGAAGAGGCCCGACUUUGAGCUGCUGCAGGCGCUAUGGCCAUAGCUGCGGCAUGGGAGUGACGUGACAUUCAGCACGGAAAUGGCUUCCUAAACACAACCCCUAACCAACACUACCAUCAUGCUUGUCCCACUGAAGUAGAAGCAAAGCUCAGAGGUGGAGGCAGAAAGCAUGGAUGAAUCAGUGCUGUUGGACUUGCUGGAAUGCCCAGUGUGUUUGGAGCGGCUGGAUGCCACAGCCAAGGUCCUCCCUUGCCAGCACACAUUCUGCAGGCGCUGCCUUCAGGGCAUCCUGAGCUCCCGGGCAGAGCUGCGAUGCCCAGAGUGCCGUACGCUGGUGGAGUGUGCUGUGGACGAGCUGCCCAGCAAUAUCCUCCUGGUUCGGCUGUUGGAUGGCAUCAAACAGAGACCCCGCAGGGCGGGCCCUGUAGCUGGAGUCUGCACCAACGGCACAGCUGGAGUCAGGAUGCAGGGCAACGGGCCCAGAGACUCAGGCGCUCCAGGAGCACAGCCCCAGAGAGGCCAGGCAAAGAGCACCCCAGUGAGGGGUGUACCCCAGCUGCCCUGUGCCAAGGCCCUGUACAACUACGAUGGCAAGGAACCUGGGGACCUCAAGUUCGGUAAGGGUGACGUCAUCAUCCUGCGACGUCAGGUGGAUGAGAAUUGGUACCACGGGGAGAUUGGCGGAGUCCACGGUUUCUUCCCCACCAACUUUGUCCAGAUCAUCAAGCCACUGCCGCAGCCCCCGCCACAGUGCAAGGCCCUCUAUGACUUUGAGCUCAAAGACAAGGAGGCAGACAAGGAUUGCCUGCCCUUUACUAAGGAUGAUAUUCUGACUGUGAUUCGCCGAGUGGAUGAAAACUGGGCAGAGGGAAUGCUGGGGGAUAAAAUAGGAAUCUUCCCCAUAUCAUAUGUUGAGUUUAACUCUGCGGCCCGCCAGCUGAUUGAGUUAGACAAGCCUGGGGACUCCAGUGGGGACUCUGGCGAGGGMGCCUCGUCGGGCCCCCAGAGUAACGGGGGCCCCCACCGUGCCGGGGAGAAGAAAAACAGUAAGAAGCGCCACUCGUUCACCUCCCUCACCAUGUCCCACAAGCCCUGUCUGGCCCCGCCCCCCCAGAGACACUCCAUGGAGAUCAGUGGGCCGGUCCUCAUCAGCUCCUCCAACCCCACGGCAGCCGCACGCAUCAGCGAGAUCAGCGGAGGACUGUCCUGCAGCGCACCCUCACAGGUACACAUCUGCACAGCUGGACUCAUAGUGACCCCUCCCCCCAGCAGUCCUGUUACUACGGCAACUGUCUUCACGUUUCCCCCGGAGACGAGCUACGCAUCCAUCCCUGUGGAUGCUCUCCCUCCUCCCCCGCCGCCUCCACCACAAUCCUCAGCGGUGGGAGCAGCCUCCUCGUUGGCUGCCAGUCAGAGACCCUUCCCCAGCACUAGCGAACAGUGUGGGCGGCAAAGACCCACAGUCUACGUGGCCCUGUUUCCCUACACCCCCCGUAAGGAGGAUGAGUUGGAGCUGAGGAAGGGAGAGAUGUUCCUGGUGCUGGAGCGCUGUCAAGAUGGAUGGUUCAAAGGCACAUCCAUGCACACUGGCAAGAUAGGAGUGUUUCCUGGCAAUUACAUGAGCCCCGUCAGCAGGACGGUGUCCGGCAGCACCCAGCCCAAAGUGCCCCUUGCUCUGUGCACCCAGGCUGGGCGAGGGGUCACCAUCGUCAGCCCCUCCACUCCUCUGGGGGCCAUCGUUCCAGGGCCUGACUUCAACAAGGCCCUCCCCAUCUGCCCGGGCCCCGCCCUCUCCAGCCCUUUACCCGCGGGCAUGGUGACGGCUGCUCACGUGACAACGGGACAGGCCAAGGUGCUCAUGCACAUGACGUCCCAGAUGACUGUUAACCAGGCACGCAACGCUGUCAGGACAGCUGCAUGCCACAGUCAGGACCGGCCCACGGCUGCUGUGACGCCCAUCCAGUCACAGACAUCUGUAGCCUACCUGGCAGUGUGCCAAUCCCAGACCUGCUCCUCCUCCUCCAACCCUGCCCAGGGCUGUGUCCGCGCUGGGGUGGCUCUGGGAUGUGCUGCUGCCUCCCUCACCCCCCCAAACGUCAGCGCCGCGUCCCUGGAUGGCGAUGCCCUGCGACAAGUGGCAGUCCUCACCAUGCCUGUCGGCAACGGCAACUCCAUGUCAGCUAACUCCUCCCUCGCCUGUCGGCUGGACAAGGAUGGCAAGAGGGAAAAGAAAGGUAUUCUGAAGCUGUUGUCGUCUAACAAGAGGAAGUCUCGCCCCUCUCCCCCCUCAUCCCCCACCCUGGAGGCAGAGCAGGCUGCUACGGGGGAGGUCUUCCAGGGGGCCAUGGGCCCCGACAUCACCCCUUCUCCCUCCUCUGCUGGCGUUGUCGUGGGUAACCAUGGCCGUGCAGUCCCCUGCCCUGUGGAGCCUGAGUCUACUGCAGCCACUGCCUCCUCUUCAUCCUCCUGUUCCUCAGCCCCGGAGUUAACACACCGUAAGAGCAGCCCCUUGGAUGGAUGUGCCCCCAUUGCCCCGCCCCCUCGCCAGGCAUGCUCCUCCCUCACCUCCCAGCAGCACGACGCUCGGCCAAUCCUAUGCGAAAGGUACAGAGUGGUGGUGUCCUACCCCCCUCAGAGUGAUGCAGAGCUGGAGCUCAAAGAGGGAGACAUAGUGUUUGUUCACAGGAAGAGGGAGGACGGCUGGUUCAAAGGAACACUCCAGAGGAACGGCAGGACCGGACUGUUCCCUGGCAGCUUCGUAGACAUCAUCUGACUGACCAUCUGACUCACACUUGACCACAGUAGACCGACCGUGACCUGACCAUACCAUGAACUGACCAUCAAUGGAACCACGUCUGACUUUGUUGUUGCCUUGUUUUGGGGCCAAGCUGCGAGCCAACCAGCUGAAGUUGCUAGGGACAGGAUGAGAUGGAUACAUACACAACAUUCAAAGUGGUCCUCUAAGCACAGAGGAGAAGAAUGAUGAAAUCAUUUAAACAGAGCUGAAGAGGAGCUAGCUGUCAGUUGGAAGCACGGUGGACCGAGCUGGAGGAGAGCACACUACUCCUGUUGAUUUUCUUUUUGUCAGUUAUUUAUAUCUGUAACAAUUCAAAACGUUAAAUGUGUGCCUUGUACUGUUCCUCACUUUAGUGUAUAUAAAGAAACAAAGACCAGAGAGUCAGAACUAAUAAUAUGAACUGUUAAUAGAUGGAAGUAUGACAAGUUGUAACUUAUUUUUGUGGGGAGUUUUUUUCUGGAAAAGAUGUGCUUGACCCUUCGUCGUUUAGGGGUUUUAGUCGGCGCCUGUCUUAUGACAUUUUCCUACAUCACUUUGUGCUUGUCUCUCAUUGGCUGCCGUGCUGCAUGUUAUUGCAUGGUGUCUCCACUGAUUGGCUGUUUGAGCGCAAACGUAAAGAAUACAGCAGAUGGAAGAAUCAGUGAUGUCAUCAGCACAUGCAGUGAAGCAAGAACAGGUGUAGGGGUGGGCCCAAUUCCAAUCUGAUCCCUUGAACCUAUUCUUCUAUUGACUGGAAGGGAAGGUAAUCAGCUGGAUGUCAUUAGCUCCAUACCCUCUGGUUGGGUAGUUGGAGUUUCUGACAUAUUGCAAACACCCAUCUUUUCGUUUGACAUCCAAUUUGGCCCAGAACCUCUCUCCAACAAUGGAAUAUGCACAACCUCCUCCUGUAUCCCGUGGACCUUUUGGUGUUCCAAAUGGCUUCUCCUUUGGCUCCAGGACCUCUUAUUGGAGAGCGGGAGAGUCAUCUUGUUGGAAUUAUUAUACCGUUGAUGAUCUGAUGCCUGGUGAGGUUUUCCAAACAUUCCCAUAACGUUAGGAAAGCCAGCGUCUGCUGUUGAUUUACAUUAUUAUUAGGGAUUUUGUUUUGGUCUUGCCUUUCUUGACAUGUUAACUAAAACUAAAACACUCCAUAGAUGUUGCAAUCAAGUGUUACUUACUGUAUAUUGUUCUAUGUGUACUUAUUGAACAUUGUAGCUGUUCCCCCACUCCUCUAAUAGUAGACCAACCUCAUCGGACAUACUGCAGCUCAAGAUCUCAAGUGAACGACAGACACAAUCACAUACAACACAGGAACCAUAUCAUGUGACUGAUAGUUACGUCUUAAUAAUAUAUGGAUAUCUCUAUUCACUUGGAUCUAUACGACGCCAGAUGCUCUGGACAGCGCCUCCUACAGCGUGGAGAUGCAGCAAGACAUCUGACAGGCCUGCUCUAUGUAUGACCUUCACGGGCUCUCAACCCUCAUUUCAAAGAUGAAUUCAUUCCUAACGUGUCGUCAAUACAAGACAAAACACUGCUUGCUUAUAAAGCAGACUGUUUUCCUAAUGUAACAUAUCACUGAUAUCACUCCCCCCAAUGCAAUCUAGUGUUUCUCCUUGAAGUUGCGAGUGGAGGUUUUUUUAAUACGAUCAAUGACUUGGACAACGUUGAUUCUUGGUUUUGUCGGGUUUAGCUGUACAGUGCGUCUAUACAAUGUGUGUGAUGUUAGGUGUUCUAUUGACUUGAAUAUGAUUUGUGAUGAUUUGUGUGUGGCUGGUUUGAGUUUUGGUAGCCGUUUUCUGUUUCAAAGCACAAAAAAGAGAGCGAGGUGCGAUUUUGAUUGGGUUUGGAGGAUGUGACACCUUAGAGCCCUGGGUCCUACUUAUUCUCAGCUACUUUUGAUUUCAAAAUAAUCCAGUCCCACUCCACACACACUCCACCUCAUCCUCCUCCAUAGGCCUUCAGUCAUUGUAAUGAGAUUGACAGCACUGCUAGUAAGAAACACCAGACACCACACGAUGAUGAGUUGAUUUGAUCCAAUCUCAUAUUUUUUGGCAGUGUAGAAAAGUCUAAAAUGGAUUAUAUUAGUCAAUGAUGGACAGUAAGUGGCUGUUCUAUUGUUAGUGUGCUCCCUUCACUAUAGCACACCAGGCAGACACCAAGAGGCUAGUGUCCUUGGUUUUCCACCUGCUGCAGCCUCUUCUAUCAGAUGUUAUGGUGCAAUAUCAACAGCUGAGGCCACUGUGUCUAAAUGACAGGUUGGARCUGUAGGCACUAAUCCACCGCAACAAGAGAUUUGCUCUUAGUUUGCUCCUAGCAACUGAGUAUCAACAGUCUUAAGGGAGUUGGAAGGUCAAAUUAAAACAUUUAAAGAUUGAGGACAUUUUAAACACCAGAUAGUGCUGCAUUUUGGAGAUUUGAUAUGUCAGACCUGAGGGGAAUAUUUCCCAAAGCAUGUUUAAGUGGGUGUUUGUGUCAUACAGUAGCUGGGACCACUAUGUGUGACUGUUGGAUAUGUUGUAGUUUUAUGUUGUUUUGAAAUAACAUUUGAGUUGGGAGUAAAGGCUCUAUAAAGUGGUACGAAACACUGUUCAGACCUGUUUGCUUCUCAAUUUGCCUAUGUAGAAUGAACCUAAUGUUCCACUGUUGUCUUGGCAUUCACCAGCUCCACCUCACCUCUAAUGCUGAACUGGGUUUUGCAUUUCUGUUACUGAUGAGGCUUUUUUAAAUAUGUUUUUUUUCAUACAUUACACACACAUUUAACUACUGUACCAUCAGUAUAUACAGAUGUAGGAUCUUAAUUUGAGCCAGUUUGCUACAGCAUGAAGAUGGUCCUGCAGCAACAGGAAUUAUGUGGAUUACAAUUAGUGGAUAUUCUUGUAGGGGCUGAUACAUUUUUUGUAAUUGUACAUUUCAAACCUCAAAUACACUGCAAGUUUUACAUUUCCUGCAUUGCAGCAAAGUUCUCCUGCAACAAAGUGAUCAAAUUAAGAUCUUACAUAUGUACCUUAGUCAUAUUGAUUUUCACAUAUAGUUUAAUGAUCAAAUAAUGACUUUCUCUGUCGAGAACUGAAGCAGAAGGCAGAAGUGUACUCCCAGAAGUGGGAGUUCCUGUGAACAUGUUGUUACUGUAAUCUCAUGCCUUGUUGGAACACAAGGUAGCACUAAAGUCUGCUUUAUUAAACUAAACAGAUUCUCCGUAUGCCAAGGUGACUUGCUUGAUUUUUUUUGUUUGUUGCCGGGGGUGUUAUUAGUUUUAUAUAGUUAGUCUGAUCAUGGUGAAAUUGGCAUCCAUUCAAAACAAAACAUUCUUUAAGUAUGAGGGAAUAGCACAUUUUGUAAAAAUAACUAGAACAAUAAAAGCUAAUGGUUUCCAUG